GACGGCAGAAGCUUCGUGAUGGGUACGCGACGGCUCAAGCCUCAAACUGAAGCAAAGGCACCGGGCAUCGGCCACAUCGACGCGUUUUUGUUUGCCACCGUCACCGGCGACUCCUCCACCGUCGGAUCUCCCACGUCACCCUCCAUUUCCCCCAACUACAACGGCCCCAUCAGAGCCCGGUUUCCUCUUUGCUUGGCGGCGGAGCGAGCAAAUUUGCGUUCCUUCGUACCGCCGAUCUCGGACUCUUUGGGCUCCAGACCUCGGGGUUCCGCCUCUGCUGCUUCCGCCAUGGCGAACAGCUCCUAUGGCUCAAGGGAAGGGCUAACUAUCAGGCCUGCUGCAUCAUCAAGCUCUAGCGAGAUUUCGCUCCAGAUUGACCCAAUCAAUGCUGAUUUGGAUGAUCAUAUUCUCGGACUGCAUGGACAAGUCCGCAAGCUGAGAGGAGUUGCUCAAGAGAUCCAAACAGAGGCCAAGUAUCAAAAUGAUUUCAUAUCUCAGUUGCAAAUGACUCUGGCGAAGGCCCAGGCUGGGGUCAACAACAACAUGAGGAGAAUGAACCAAAGCAUCAUUCAGAAUGGUUCAAAUCAUCUUGUCCAUGUUGUCCUGUUUGCCCUUGGCUGCUUCUUUCUAGUGUACCUCAUAUCGAAAUUCUCCCGGAGAUGAAAUUCCAUGUCUCUUGUCUUAAUAAAGAAAGGGGAGAAAUAAAUCAAGUUAUAUUGGUAAGAUUUUGUUUGACUGCACCUCAUUCCAUACUAAUUUUCCACCUGAAUAUAUGUGGAUGAUGGAUAAGAGUACAGCCAAACAAGGCAGUAGCUGAGCCAAUUCCGCCACUAUGCCACAACAUGGCGACAGUUGAUGACCAGGGGUUGCUUUUCUGUAUGUUCUGUACAAAAAAUUGAGGUUCGGUGGGUAGGCCACGUGUGGGUUUUAUUUUACUUUUGUAGGUAAAUCUGAUUUGUACCUACGUCUGUAACAUACUGUACAAAAUGUUUUUGCUUCGUCGUAUUGUUGGUAAUCUAAAACUGUGCACGUUUAUCCGUUUGUGACCGUGACAAGUCAAGAACAAAGCUCAUGGCAUUAUCUUUGCCUCUCUUUCCUUC